AAGAGAUUUUACUAGUUUAACUCCCACUUGGGUUGACCAAGAUCAAUAAUGCAAGUGUAGAAGAAUAUUAUCACUUAAUCAGUUGAAACUGAAACACAUACUCUCCAUGUUUUAUUGUCUGGGAGAUUCUAAUAACUCCAAAGCUUGACAGUCACUGGUUAGAGAUGAUUAGCUGUUGCAUAUCCCAAGAACCCACGAAUCCCUAAUAAACUAAUCUCCUUCUGCAGAUGCUUCCAAGGCAUAUAAACACAUUCCAACCCCUUUAUUUCCUUCCACAAGACCCAAAAAUGGCACCCAAUUAGUGGUAACAGAGAAGAACAAACAGAAUGUAUAGCAACAAAAUGAAAACCCUUUUGUUGUUCUACUGUUGCAUUGGUUUCUCUCUUGUUCUUGCUCAAAAUGUGCCAAAUGAUGAAUUGUCAACUUUGCUGUCGAUAAAGUCCAGCAUUGUCGAUCCCUCAAAUCGACUCAGAGACUGGAAAAUGCCAAGCAAUGCAGCAGAUGAUCAUAGUUUUGUCCAUUGUAAUUGGACUGGAGUUUGGUGCAACUCCAAUGGCCUGGUGGAGAAGCUUGACGUCUCCAACAUGAAUCUCAGUGGAAGUUUAUCUGAACACAUUGAAGGCUUACGCAGUCUUUCUUCUCUCAACAUUUGCUGCAAUGGGUUUGCUUCUUCAUUGCCAAAAUCCCUGUCGAAUUUGACGUUCCUAAAGAGCAUUGAUGUGAGUCAAAACAACUUCAUUGGCAGCUUCCCAUCUGGUUUUGGAAGAGCAUCAGGACUGACUUCAGUUAACGCGUCGAGCAACAAUUUCUCAGGCUUCCUGCCUGAUGAUCUUGGCAAUGCAACAGCACUGGAAAGCCUUGAUUUUCGAGGGGGCUUCAUUGAAGGUUCGAUUCCUUCCUCUUUCAGGAAUCUGCAGAAACUGAAGUUUCUCGGCCUUUCGGGUAACAAUCUGAAAGGGAAGAUUUCAAAAGAGCUUGGCCAAAUAUCUUCCUUGGAGAUUAUAAUCCUUGGUUAUAAUGAAUUCGAAGGAGAAAUACCAGCAGAGAUCGGAAAUCUCACCAAUUUGCAGUAUCUUGACUUGGCAGUUGGCAGUCUCAGUGGUCAGAUUCCAGCUGAACUGGGAAAACUGAAACAGCUUAAUACAGUCUAUCUGUAUCAGAACAAUUUUACAGGAAAAAUUCCACCAGAACUCAGCAAUGCUAUAUCAUUAAUGUUCUUGGAUCUUUCGGACAAUCAGAUCACAGGGGAAAUUCCAGUAGAGCUAGCAGAGUUGAAGAACUUACAACUUCUGAAUUUGAUGCGCAAUCAACUAACUGGAACAAUUCCAGACAAGUUUGGUCAGAUGAACAAACUUGAGGUGCUUGAGCUAUGGAAGAAUUCUUUGACGGGUCCUUUGCCAACGAAUCUGGGACAAAAUUCACCCUUGCAGUGGUUGGAUGUAUCGUCGAAUUCCUUGUCAGGUGAGAUACCUCCAGGUUUGUGUUAUUCUGGCAAUCUUACUAAGCUCAUUCUCUUCAACAAUACCUUCUCUGGUCCAAUUCCUAUCAGCCUCUCGACUUGUAAGUCAUUAGUUCGUGUAAGGAUGCAGAACAAUCUCAUUUACGGGACAAUCCCAGUUGGCUUGGGAAGUCUCCCAGUGCUUCAAAGACUGGAAUUGGCAAACAACAGUCUCACUGGUCAAAUACCAGAUGAUAUCGGCUUGUCAACGUCACUUUCUUUCAUUGAUUUCUCCAAAAAUCAUCUCGAGUCAUCUCUUCCUUACAACAUUCUUUCCAUUCCUAAUCUUCAAAUCUUCAUUGCCUCCAAUAACAACUUAGGAGGCAAAAUCCCAACCCAGUUCCAAGACUAUCCAUCGCUUUCAUUACUUGACCUUUCAAGCAAUCAUUUUAGUGGGAAAAUUCCAGAGAGUAUAGCUUCAUGUGAAAAGCUGGUGAAUCUAAACCUUCAGAACAACCAAUUAAUUGGUGAAAUCCCCAAAGCAUUAGCAACAAUGCCCACAUUAGCAAUUCUUGACCUGUCAAACAAUUCUCUGGUAAGUCAGAUUCCACAGAACUUAGGAACCUCACCGGCCUUGGAAAUGCUCAACCUGUCUUACAACAAGCUUGAAGGUCCAGUUCCCUCCAAUGGGAUGCUAGCGACAAUAAAUCCAAAUGACCUUGCUGGCAAUGCUGGCCUUUGCGGGGGUAUACUUUCACCAUGCUACCAGAAUUACUCCACUAAAUCAAGACAGCAAGAGAAUACCCAUAUCAAUCACAUCCUCAUCGGAUUCAUUGUUGGAAUCUCGGUAAUAUUCUCAUUAGGCAUCGCAUUGUUCACUGGGAGAUUGCUAUACAAUAGAUGGGAUUUGUACAACAGCUUUGUCUAUGAUUGGUUUAAGCAAAACAAUAAAGAAUGGCCCUGGAGACUGGUAGCAUUCCAAAGGGUCAGCUUCACAAGCAGUGACAUACUGGCUUGCAUAAAGGAAUCAAAUAUCAUUGGCAUGGGAGGAACGGGGAUUGUCUACAAAGCAGAAGUCCAUCGACCACACAUGGUUGUUGCAGUAAAGAAGUUAAGGAGAACAGAACCUGAUAUUGAAAAUGGAGAUGAUCUAUUCGGAGAGGUGAGUCUCCUGGGGAAACUUCGACAUAGGAACAUUGUUCGGCUGUUAGGGUAUCUUCACAAUGAAUCAGAAGUAAUGAUGGUAUACGAGUACAUGCCAAAUGGGAAUCUUGGAACAGCGUUGCAUGGCAGAGAAGCUGGAAAGUUGUUGGUGGACUGGGUUUCAAGGUAUAACAUUGCAGUUGGUGUAGCACAAGGGCUGAACUACCUCCACCAUGACUGCAAUCCCCCAGUGAUUCACAGGGAUAUCAAGUCCAACAACAUACUUCUUGAUGCAAAUCUUGAUGCCAGGAUAGCAGACUUUGGGCUAGCGAGGAUGAUGCUUCAUAAAAACCAGACGGUGUCAAUGGUGGUAGGAUCAUAUGGAUAUAUAGCACCUGAAUACGGAUACACUUUGAAGGUUGACGAGAAGAGUGACAUAUAUAGUUUUGGGGUUGUGCUUUUGGAACUUCUCACUGGUAAAAUGCCCUUAGACCCUUCAUUCGGAGAAUCUACUGAUAUUGUUGAAUGGGUCCGGAAGAAGAUAAAAAACAAAAGAGCUUUAGAAGACGCUCUAGAUACCAACAUAGCAGGCCAAUGCAAACAUGUGCAGGAAGAAAUGCUUAUUGUCCUCCGGAUUGCGAUUCUUUGUACUGCAAAACUUCCCAAGGAUAGACCUUCAAUGAGAGACAUUACAACAAUGCUUGGAGAGGCAAAGCCAAGAAGGAAAAGCAUAUGCCACAAUGGGGUACAUAACAAUAACAGAGAGAAGCAAAUAUUUAGCAACUCACCAGUUAUAGGACUUCUGUAGGAUAAAUUUUUUCAGGCUGCUAUUUUCUGCAAUCCACUACCCUGUAAAUCCCUCUUCCCACUACUCAGGUCCCACAAAGUUCAUCCGCAAGUAUCAAGACAAUGAAUGUUCACAAGAUUUAUGCGAUGGGAUGAAUGAAUUUUCAAU